AUGAACAGCGCCCUCGCCGACCCGUCCCAAUGCUUCUCUCACCUCAUCGAGCACAUCCCCCUAUGGCUGACUCGAGUCACCGACCUGGCCUCGCAUACGGCCGCCAAACACGCCGAGUUUGCGGCGGAAUACACCCGCCUGUCGAAAGCGAGGCCCCGGCAUCGACGACGACGAAACAGCUCGCUCCAUACCAAUCGACCCGACGACGACAACCGCUCCGUGACGUCCAGGAAGGAUAGAACCUCCUCUGGCUCUACGUCCAGACAUCUCGACCCGCAAGACCCGUUCAUGGACCCCAUGAUCUUCAAACGACUCACCCGGCAAAAUAACCAGGAUGCCAUCAACAGGAAACGAAAACCAGACGCCGGAUUCAGUGCUACCCCUUCUGACGGCGACAGCGGCGUGGCUCGUCGAGUCCGCCAGCAGGUCGUCAUCCACUACGAUGCCCAGACGCAAACUGCCCUCGAACGCCUCGUCCGCGACAUAGGCGGCGCCCGCAACCAGAUCCGCAAGGGCAGGAUGAACUACAUGAUGAAAGUCGACUUUGGCCGUCGAGCCUUUCCUUCUCGCCUUUUCCCGGGCGCGGACGACGACGAAAACGCCAUCGCCCUCCCACCGCGUCCGUCCUUUCGAAAGUCUCGCAGCACCCAGUUCGAUACGAAAGAGGCCUCCGCCACCACCACCAACGGCACCACUACAACCAGCACUCAAGCCAAACCUUCCUCCUCCGCCUUUGAUCUAGCAGACAAGCAGCUAGAGCUUGCCCAGAGUUUAUGUGAGACCGCCGCUCACCAAUUCUUACGAAACGGCGAUUGUUCCAGAGAGCUUAGCAGAACGCUAGAGCGACUUGGUACAGCGCUAGAGAUGGCUCAGGCCGAAGAGAAACGGCUAGAGGCUGAGAAGGAAGCGGAGAAACAGCGUCAGCAGGCCGAGGAGGAGGAGCAAGAAAGCAAAAGCGACCGUACGGCCGUUGAAACGGUUGGACCUGCAGAUACCGAGAUACAGAUGCAGGUCGACUCGCAUCAGCCGAUGAAGGUGAAGAUGGACAUGAACGGAGAUGUCAAAGCGCCGCCUGAGAUGAUGGGGGCCAUCGAAGUAGACGACGGAUCGUCAACAUCCUCUAUAUCCAUUGAUCUAGCUGCAUUUCGAAGGAGGAGGUUUAAAGCAUGA